AUGCUCUUUUUAGCUUCUCUUCUGCUCUUCUUCACAGCGAGAGCGCAUCCAUUCGACGGCGCCUACCUUGACACCACCCUCGUCCCGAAAGGAAUCUGCGGGAAUGCCACGUCCUACGCAGGCUACGGCCGUUUCCCCCCAAACACCAUGAAGGAAGUCCACCACGACCACCCCAUCAACCUCUUCUUCUGGUACUUCAAAGCCAGAAACAACCCGGACUCUGCGCCCUUGAUCAUCUGGAUGAACGGCGGACCAGGCGCAUCCUCCAUGCUGGGCCUCUUCACCGAGACCGGCCCCUGCCACAUCAACCCGGAUCUCACGACGCGCGAGAACCCCUGGUCCUGGAACACAGACUACAACAUCCUAUAUCUCGACCAGCCAGUCCACACCGGCUUCAGCUACGACACCCCCACAAACGGAACCCUCGACCUAACCACCGGCGGCAUCGACAUCACCCCAGACGGCAUCACCCCGCCAGACAGCCAGACGCUCAUCCCAGGCGUCUUCAGCAGCCAGAACCCGACAACAACCGCCAACACAACCGCCAACGCCGCCCGCCACUUCUGGAACUUCCUCCAGCUCUGGCAGCGCGACUCCCCCACGAUCCACCACCCCUCCACCAACCCCUCCAUCAGCAUCUGGACCGAGUCCUACGGCGGCCGCUACGGGCCCCGCUUCGCAUCCUACACCCAGCAUCAAAACAAGCGCAUCGCAAACGGCUCCCUCACCGCAACCCCCAUCCACCUCUCCACCCUAGGCAUCAUAAACGGGUGCAUCGACCUCCCAACGCAGAUCACAUCCACCGCCGAGUUCGCCUACGACCGCAACGCCUACGGCAUCGCAGGCAUCACCAGCCAGAACUACAGCGACGCCCUCCUCGCGCACGCCCAGAAAGGCGGCUGUAACGACCAGAUCCAGUCCUGCAACCACCUCGCGCACACCCUCGACCCACACAUGCACGGCAACGCCCCCCCGGUCAACGAAGCGUGCCAGAACGCGAGCGAUUACUGCCAGAACGAGAUCGAAGGGCCGUACGCCUUUCGCAAAAGCUCGUCCAACUACGACAUCACGCACUGCUACCUCGACCCGACCCCGGAUAACUUCCACCGCGAGUACCUAGCCACCCAGCGCGUGCGCGACGCGCUGAACGUCCCUGUCAACUACACCGGUAUAUCAGACGCCGUGGGCACGGCGUUCAACCGAACAGGCGACUACGCCCGCGGGGGAUACCUCGCUGAUAUAGGCGGUCUGCUGGACGCGGGCGUGCAGGUCGCGCUCGUCUACGGCGACAGGGACUACGCGUGUAACUGGAUUGGAGGCGAGCGGGCGAGUCUCGCUGUUCCGCAUCGCCAGUCAGAGCGGUUCCGACGCGCGGGCUACACCAAUAUCACUGCCGGUGUAGACGGAAAUGAUGAAGAAGAAGAAGAAGAAGAAGAGAGGGUAGUCGGCCAAGUCCGCCAAGCGGGCCUCUUCUCCUUCGCCCGCGUCUUCCAGGCAGGCCACACGGUGCCGACUUUCCAACCGGCCGCUGCGUAUGACAUCUUCCACCGCGCCAUGCGGGCGCGGGAUAUCGCCACGGGGAGUGUCCCUGUCGCUGCGACGGGUGAGGGUGAUUAUCAGACCAGCGGGAGCUGGAACUCCACGGGCGCCAGGAUGCCGGUUGGGGCUGUGCCUCGGCCGACUUGUUAUUUGAGGGAUAUGAAGUCGACGUGUGCGGAGAACCAGAUCGAGGCUGUUAGGGAGGGGAGGGCUGUUGUUAGGACGGGUGUGGUGGUUGAGCCGGGCGUGCCUGAGGGGGUGUGUCCGGUUUUCUAG